UUUAACAUUUAACCACAAAAAAAAAAAAAAAUAAUUUUUGUUUACUCCAGAAAAUUGAUAAAUGAAAAUGAUAUUCAUUACAAAUUUCCAAUUAAAAUAAAGGAUAAAGGUUAAGGCUGGAGUACUUACAAGAAGUUUGAAAUUGAUAAUUAUUUAUAAAAAACGGAAAUCCCGAGUAAUAGUUUAGAAAAAAUAUAAUGUACAACUUUACAAGAGCAUGCGUUCAAAGAACUUUCCGAGAAUUUAUACGUCAAGACAAGCGUUUAAAAGGACACAGUAAAUGGGCAAAUAUUCAGCACACAAAAGCUGAAAAAGAUGCUGAAAAAUCAGCACUGUCUUCAGCUUUUUCAAGGCGUAUUAAAGUUGUUGUAGCCGAGAAUAACAACAUAACGAAACCAAGUGAUAAUCCAAAGCUUGCAAGUAUAAUUGACGAAGCUAGAAAGAAAAAUAUACCACAAGCAACAAUAAAUGGAAUAUUAGAAAAACUAGAAAAAUCAAAAGUCAAAUCUCAAACAGAACUCUUAGAUUUCCGCGGUCCUGGAGGCACGACAUUUAUUGUGAGAUUAUUAUCCAGUAAUCUUAUUGGUACUAAGCAGUCAUUGAAUACCGUACUAAAAAAACACAAGUGCACUUUAUUGGAAGGAAAAAGUAAAGGAUCUUUGUUUGAUCACUUUGGAUGCAUAAUUACGGAACAUAAAAAUAAUUUAGAUGCCGCUACUGAGGAUGCUAUUGCUGUUGGAGCUGAGGAUGUUGAAGAAAUUGAAGAUGAUGGAAAAUUUUAUCGGUUCACAUGCGAUCCACUACGACUGCCGAGAGUUAAAAAUCAAUUAGAAUCAUUGAAUUACACGGUACUGACAGCUGACGAAGAGUUCAUACCACGAGCGACAGUUCAAUUGUCUGAUGACGAUUUAAAACGAGUUGAUACUCUCUUUGUAAAACUUAAAGUUUUCGAAGAAGUUGUUUCUAUUAAUCACAAUAUUGACCUCCCUGAUGACGACGGAGAAAAAGAAGAAGUCAAAAAAAAGAAUACUCGAUAAUGUUCAUUAAAUAUAAAUUCAAUAAUUAUAAUAUGUAAUUAUUAUUUUUUAAAUUUAUUAAUAAAUAUUCAUUAUUAUAUUUA